CAGGGGAGGUGAAGGAGUUGUCAACAGUAGCCCAGUACUGUAAAUAACUUAAAACAAGAAGAAGAAGAGAGGGGGCCUCAGACUGCUUCGAGCAUCCAGCUGGGAAGAGAGCAGGAAUGCAAGGCCUCUAAAUAAUAAGUGACAAAUAAUACAAGGAGAGAAACUGAUGGGGUUUGUUGGUGAUCCAGUUUCUUGCUUUUCCAAACACACCCAGAGUGGUAAACUCCAGCAUUACAAAUAUGUAAGCUGGUGGUUAAUUUUGUAAACACAGAGUUUGGUGCAACGACUUGUGCCCGGAAAACAUGCAAGUGUUUUCAACGUGGCCGAUGCGAAGGAACCUUUCUGUCCCACAAAAAGUGAGAAAGGGGAAAGAGGUAAAAAAAAAAAAACCAACGACCAAAUGACAAAAACUGGAAAGUCCUGAAGGGCAGAGGGGUUGUGGUAGUCAAACACAUGCGUUGUACGUGCAUCCAAGGUCCUGAUUGCAGAGUAAACUCUGAGUAACUGCUUGGGGCUCUUUGACUUCCAAGCCUGGGGUAUUGGGUGUAAUAGCUGCGUACUCAGAAAAAGCGAGAAGCUCAAGUUGUGGAGCGAGGUUCUGCUCUUGGAACUGGAUCCACAUGGGCAAGUCUUUGUGUCCGUGCAAGGCGCUGUUGAGCUUUCAGCAAACGCUUGUUCCCAUGUAUGAAGAUGUCCUUAGUGGACCUAGGGAAGAGGUUGCUAGAAGCAGCUCGCAAAGGCGAAGAUGACGAAGUGCGAAAGCUGAUGGCAAGCGGUGCUCCCUUCACCACCGACUGGCUUGGGACGUCGCCUCUUCACCUCGCCGCCCAGUAUGGCCACUACUCAACAGCAGAAGUGCUGCUUCGAGCCGGUGUUAGCAGAGAUGCCCGAACAAAAGUGGACCGGACGCCACUACACAUGGCUGCGGCUGACGGACACACUCAUAUUGUAGAACUGCUAAUUAGGAACGGGGCUGAUGUCAAUGCCAAGGACAUGUUGAAAAUGACCGCUUUGCACUGGGCGACGGAGCACAACCACCGAGAUGUAGUAGAGUUGCUCAUCAAAUAUGGAGCAGAUGUCCAUGCUUUCAGCAAGUUUGAUAAAUCAGCUUUUGAUAUUGCUUUGGACAAGAACAAUCCAGAGACUCUGGUAAUGCUACAGGAAGCGAUGCAGAACCAGGUGAACGCUCAUUCAGAGAGAACAAAUCCCAUCACCAGCACUGUGACUCUCACCUCACCAUUUAUUCUUACAUCAGGGGAAGUUCUCAAUUUCACAAGUCUUGUCUCUUCAGCAAACGCCAAAACACCCUCAGCAGGUGACUCUACCAUGCGGUUUUCCAAUUCAACGACCUCCGUGCUUGCCACGCUUGCAGCCCUGGCUGAAGUAUCGGCACCGCUUUCUGACUCACACAGAGACACAGGUAAGACGGAGGAAGUAGUGGAAGCAAAUCCUGUCGAUUCUGCCAUACAACAAGUGGUUGGCAGUGGAGGGCAGCGCGUCAUCGCCAUUGUAACGGACGGAGUUCCCCUCGGCGGCCUGCAAACAGCCAUCCCCAGCAGUGGCCUUAACCAACCCUUCAUCCUAACCGUGCAAGAUGGACAGCAAGUUUUAACUGUACCUGCUGGUCAGGUUGCAGAAGAGACUGUUAUUGAAGAUGGAGAUGACGCAGAAGAGGAGGAAAAGCCACUGGCCAAGAAGCAAAAAGUGGAGCAAAAUGUAGAUGACUCGAAGGAAGACAAGGACAGCGUUGAAAGGGAAGUGCUACAGCAGCAAUUGCAAGAGGCGAACCGAAAGGCUCAGGAAUAUCGCAGCCAGCUCAUAAAGAAAGAGCAGGAGGCAGAAGAGUACCGGCUGAAGCUGGCAGCCAUGGUGAGGCAGCAGCCCAACGGAGCGGAGGUGACGGUGCUCGAAGAGGUCGCGGGGGUUGACCCGCUGGUGGUAACCUCAGAAGACUUCAAGGAAUCUGUGCUGUCCAUGCUGGACACAGAUCAGCCAACUGAUAUCGCUGUGGAAACUGUAACCUCCUAAUCCUCAGUGAUUGACUGGCUUUUGUAAAGGAAAAUAACUUUUUUUUUUUUUUAAUUGUUAAAUAAGGUGCUGUUGGCAAGCAGUGUUGAGAGCAGAGGGCUGUUGUCAAAGCCACGCCAUUGCCGGGGGCAGAAGCUGCUCCAGCCGCUCGCAACAUAACUCUGCUUUCAGCGCGGUGCCAAAAGGUGCUUUUAAAGCUUGACCUUGAGAGAUUGGAAGCUUGUUAACAAAAUUUUAGCCAGUGAGUGACCCGACGGCUUAUUUUGUGAUGUCAAUACCUGCAUUGUUGGGGAGUGGAAAAGAAAAUACCUCAUUGCCAAAGCGGCUGGUAUUAGCUCUCAGCUGCCUGGAAAUUACAGCACUGAAAACAGACUUUAUGCAAUAACCUGAGGUGUUCGCUCCCUUCUGCGAAGUUGAGUGGCCAGAUCUGGACCUUCAGAAAAAGCAGGCUCUUGGCGUGUUGCUUUAAAAUCUUCAGAGGUGUGGAAGGGAUUUUCCCCUCUUAGCUAGAAAGGGAAUUACAUUUUUUUUCUUUUUUUUUCUUUUUUUUUCUUCCAAAACCAUCAAUCUUUUUGAUUGAGGCAACCUUCAAUGCAAGAGUGAAGGCUGGGCUGCAUGUCAGCCAGAGCGUUGCACGCUGUCAGGGGAUACUAUGCUUCACCCUCUUUGUUCCAGGAACAAUUUGGGGGAGCUCUUUGUCAGACCCCUUCACUACCCAAAGGGAUCUCAAAAAAUUCCUCCUCGAUUUUAGAAUAUUUAGUCAAAUGUUCUAUUUGACGCUUGUGCCGAACGGUAGCGUUAACUGAUUAUAUAUGCAAAACUAUACGUAUGGCAGUUGCUGCAAGACAGCUUGGGAGUCAAGUUGUCUCUGGAGAUACAUCUGUCUUUUUUUUUUACUAAACAGUUUUUAUUUUUAAAGAUACUUAAACCUUUUUUAACAAGCGGCUGAUCUUGUUACUGAAAUGUUUGUAUGUUUUUUUACUCUUUGCAGGCCUCUUGAAUGCUGGGAUCUGUUUAGUACAGCGGGUUAUGGGUUUCAAGACAGCAGGGAACUGAUUUGAAGCACCCCAAGUAAUCACGUGGAGCUUGAUAGUGACAGAUUAUCAAGUGAGGUUUAGAAAAAUACCGUAAACAAGUGAAGUUUGGGUACUGCCUUUAUGUGUCUUUGCCGGUAGAUCAGCCCGUUCCAUGGCGCUGGAGGUGUAAUACAGGCUGAUGAGUUCAUAAAGGUGUGAACGUAGGUCAUGGCUCCGAGGGAAUGUCUCGCCCCAAGAGGAGACUGCUUUCCAUCCUAGAAUCAGUCGGUUCCUGGCGGUUGGGCCUGAAGGGCAGGUGGGAUCUGCCACAAUCCCAUCUUGGGCAGCGUUUCGCCGGUGGGUUCUCCCCCGACCGGUAGGAGGGGAAGGUUUCUGGGACUGUUGUUGUAGAGGCUUCCUGAGACUUGCCGGGUUUUGAGAAUCAAAGUGCAUUUAUUUAUAACCAGUGUAGCUAUAUUUAUAAAUAAGACUUUUUUUAUCUUUUUUCCAAAAGAUGUUUUGAAGAAGGCUUUAAUAAUUAUUUUUUAUGAAUGAAUGUUUGGAGAGACUCGGUUCCUCGUUAUCGAUUACUUCGGUGUCUCCUCCCUGACUUGGAGCGUGUGUUGUUAUUUCCUUUUGCUCCCCGGAAUGUUGACAGUUUGGGUCUGUUUGAACUAAAAAUCUGUGUCGGAGGGUUUGAAACAGAAUUAAAGUAAAUCCAGACAGAU